AUGGCACAAAAUUCUAUCGUCUCGAUAAGUGAAGAAAAAUGGGAGAUACGUAACUUUACCUUCGGUGACGAGACUCAUGUAACGACACGUAAUCCACAUCGUUUCAUAAAUGCGUUUCAGUUUGGAGGAAUUCGGCGUGGGUUCUGCAAAAAAAUUGAUCUCAGCAAGAAGCCAAAGCCUGUGGCUGAAUUGGAAGAAGGUGAAGUUCAACCCCCCAACAAGACACAGUGA